UACCUGGCGAUUAGAGAGAAAGAGAGAGAGAGUACUCCAGGAGCUAAACAAGAGAGAAGAUAUUAGAGCGAAUUCAGCCUUUUGUUUGAGUAUUUGCAGCUUUAAAUAUUGUCCCCCGUGCAGCACCAAGGAAAGAAAACACCGAGGGAGAGGAGGAAAAAAUAUAUAGGGAGUCUUGGCUGAUGCAUCUGUGCAAGAGCAUCCAUUUCACGGCGAUUACAGUUCGAACCUGAGGAGACGGUGCGCAUUUCUUUGAGAAACACGGUGCUUUUCUCUCUCCUCCGAAGUCAUUUUCCUAGAGCGGCUGGCGGACGCAAAGACACGGUUACGGGAUUUCAUAACGAGGCUUUUCGUUUGAAGCAAAAGCAGGUCGAGCGCAGUUCCAGCAGGCUAUACUGCGUCUUGUUUGUGGAGUGGAAUUUUGCGGUCCCUAGCUCAAAACGCAAAGGGGAAUAUCAGACAUUCAAGUUCCCUUGGAAGUUGCGCAGUGAUAUAAAAACAUGGGAAUUUGUGGUUAUCUGGCGGUGUCUGGGAAAUGCCUUGUCGUCAUCGGACUUAAAUUGUUAUUCCUUGUACCUGCAGGAGUUCCAGCUAGAAGCGGGGAUUCUGUAUUAAAAGACAACAUCACCGUCAGACAGGGAGACAGCGCCGUCUUAAAAUGCAAUGUGGACAGCAAAGUCUCACGAGUGGCAUGGCUCAAUCGCACCACUAUUCUAUUUGCAGGGAAUGAAAAGUGGUCUCUGGAUCCUCGUGUCAUCUUGUUGGAAAACACAGCAGUUACAGAGUACAGCAUCAAAAUCCAAAAUGUUGAUGUCCAUGAUGAAGGGCCCUAUGUAUGCUCUAUACUCACAAACAAGAAACCACAGUCCACAAAAGUGCACCUCAUUGUUCAAGUACCUGCCAGGAUCACUAACAUAUCAAAGGACGUCACGGUGAAUGAAGGCAGCAACGUCAAUCUUAUGUGCCUGGCAGUUGGUCGACCUGAUGCAAACAUAAUUUGGAAGCAUCAUUCACCAAGGGGAUCAGAUAUUAAGCCUCCAACAUAA